CUGGACGGGAGAAAGUUCCUGCAGACGUUCCGGCUGCAUGCAGUACCGCGGGAGGGCCAGCGGAGAGAAGCGGUGCAGUCUAGGUGCCUGCAAGUGCUGCUCCACUCGAAGAUCGCUGCUUUCUUGCCGAAGAACAUCCUCAGUUUCCUAAAUCGUACAGUGAAGUCAUUCCCUGUAUCCCACAAUGGCGGUCCAUUGGACCCUACUUUGCCGACUGGCCGCCCUGGUCUGUCUCUGGGUCUUGGGCCAGGCUCAGAGCGAGGAGAGCCCCCAGAUUCAGCUUCGACUGGCGGGCACCAAACGCAAGCACAACGAGGGCCGGGUGGAGGUGCACUACAACGGCGAGUGGGGCACGGUCUGCGAUGAUGACUUCACCAUCCAUGCCGCUCACGUGGUCUGCAGACAGCUGGGCUUUCUGGAAGCCACGUCCUGGUACCCAUCAGCCAAGUAUGGCCGGGGAGAAGGCCACAUCUGGUUGGACAACGUCCACUGCACAGGGAGAGAGGAGACUUUGGCUGAGUGCUCUUCCAAUGGAUUCGGGGUGUCUGACUGCAAGCACUCUGAGGACGUGGGAGUGUUGUGUAGUCACAAGAGAAUCCCAGGCUACAGGUUCACCGGGGCGUUGGCCAACAACAUUGAGGACCUGAACAUUCAACUGGAGGACGUGCGUAUCCGGGCGAUACUGUCAUGGCAGCGCAGACGCAUCCCCGUGACGGAGGGCUUCCUGGAGGUGAAGGAGGGGGGCCGCUGGAGGCAGGUGUGCAGCGAGUCCUGGACCUCCAUGAACAGCCGGGUCAUCUGCGGCAUGUUUGGCUUCCCCGGAGAGAAGAAGUACAAUGUCAAGGUCUACAAGAUGGUGGCUCUCAGGAGGAAGAACAAAUACUGGGGCCAUUCGAUGAACUGCACAGGGAACGAGGCUCACGUGUCUGGCUGCAAGCUGGGAGCGCCACCCCCCCGGAAGGGCAACAGCACCUGCGGCCUGGGUAUGCCGGCGGUGGUCAGCUGCGUGCCCGGGAGGGCCUUUGCCCCCAGCCCAGUGACGGGCUUCAGGAAGGCCUACCGGCUGGAGCAACCCCUGGUGCGGCUGAAGGGUGGUGCCAGCGUGGGCGAGGGCCGCGUGGAGGUGCUGAAGAACGGGGAGUGGGGCACCAUCUGCGACGACAAUUGGAGCCUGCGCUCGGCCACGGUGGUGUGCAGAGAGCUGGGGUUCGGCAGCGCCCGCGAGGCCCUGGUCGGGGCACGUCUGGGACAGGGAAUGGGUCCCGUCCACAUGAACGAGGUAGUGUGCUCGGGGUUCGAGAAGUCCAUCACCGAGUGUUUCUUCAACAAGGACGCUCUGGGCUGCAGCCACGAGGAAGAUGCGGCCGUCAGGUGCAACGUACCAGCCAUGGGCUUCAAGGAUAGGGUUCGGCUGGGCGGGGGCCGGAACCCCUAUGAGGGACGGGUGGAGGUCCUGGCGGAGCGAAACGGCUCGCUGGUGUGGGGCACCGUGUGCAGUGAUAGCUGGGGGACGCUGGAGGCGAUGGUGGUCUGCCGGCAGCUGGGCCUGGGAUACGCCAGUCAUGCCUACCAGGAAACCUGGUACUGGCCGGGAGACACGAGCGCGGAUGGCGUCGUCAUGAGUGGGGUGCGCUGCUCGGGUACAGAGAUGUCUCUGUCACACUGUCUGCACCAUGGGAAGCACAUCCACUGUCCCAGGGGAGGGGGCCGCUUCGCUGCCGGGGUCUCCUGUUCAGAAUCCGCCCCGGACCUGGUCCUGAACGCACAGGUGGUGGAGCAGACCACCUACCUGGAGGACCGGCCCAUGUUCAUGCUGCAGUGCGCCCAGGAGGAGAGCUGCCUGUCCAGCACGGCCAGCGCGACACCGGCCAGCGGCUACCGGCGCCUCCUGCGCUUCUCCUCCCAGAUCCAUAACAACGGACAGGCGGACUUCCAGCCCCGCGCCAGCCAGCACUCCUGGAUCUGGCACGAAUGUCACAGGCACUACCACAGCAUGGAGGUCUUCACACACUACGACCUCUUCAGCCUCAAUGGCACCAAGGUGGCCGAGGGGCACAAGGCCAGCUUCUGUCUGGAGGACACAGACUGUGAUGAGGGCAUUGAGAAGAGGUAUGCCUGCGCCAACUUUGGUCCUCAGGGCAUCACCGUGGGCUGCUGGGAUUCAUACCGGCACGACAUCGACUGCCAGUGGAUCGACGUGACCGACGUCAAGCCCGGGGACUACAUAUUCCAGGUAGUAAUUAAUCCCACAUACGAGGUGGCAGAGUCUGACUACACAAACAACAUCAUGAAGUGUCGAUGUCGCUACGACGGUUACCGGAUAUGGACAUACAACUGUCAUAUAGGAGGGUCGUUAAGCUCUGAUGUUGAGGACACCUUCCCAGGACUCCUGAACAACCACCUGUCCUACAGAUAAAAAGCAGCAGAAGAAGAAAUCUGGGUGGACCAUCAAGCCAGCAAUCCAACAUGCCCCCCCCCCCAAACCACUAAAGCCCCACACCCCUCAAUUCACCAGAAGUGCCUGCGCUGUGUGUCAAGGUACCCAUCAUAUUAGCACCAACGGCUGACAACGUACGAUUCCUCUCCUGUUCAGUUUGCGGGUUCAAAAGAGGCUCAUCCUAUUUUGGGAGGGUCCCUAAAUAGCCGCAGAGAAAAUGAUGCAUUACCAGCAGCAUAAAUCCUCAAAGCAUUGUAACGGUUCACAUAUGGGACUGGCGGGACUGGAGGACAGACUUUCCCUUUUUGGCUCCCUUUGCUGGCUCACGGUUUGCAUAGAGAAAAUACACGGGAAUCCUACAUGUAAUAUUCUUUGAAGGGAUUUUAAAACAAUCGUAAACAAUUUGCCCGAACCACUUCAUGUGUGGGGAGUCCUGGACCCUGCAAAUUGGCUAAAAUGGAUUUAAAACAUUACUGAUAGUUAAUGGCAUGUGGGGAAAAGCCAUAAAUACUGCUUAUGUCUAACGUUUACAUCUGCAGAUGGCAGGCAACACCUUCUCCCCAUUGCCUGCCAGUCUACUGCAAACAGGUAAAUAUUCUAUGGUUAUGGCGGAUUAAUGCAAAGGCUAUCCUAGAUAGCACUGCUACUCGGGGGUCAACCAAUGGGAAUGUUUAUUGCUAUAAGUUGUACCCCAGUAGUUCCUAAUCAAGUGAAAAGUGCCAGGGUAGGAACUAAACAGGUUCAUGAACUACAAUUGGGCUGAGUUCCGGUGGUGGGGCUGUGACAGAAGUUUGUAUUUCCCAAAUAAGUUCCUGGCCCCUGAAAGGGAAAGAGCCUCUCUCCCCCCCACCCUUAGUAAGUUCUAGAACCGGCACCCGGCACUUUCAAUGUUCUUAAUUUUCACUUGAUUCUAUUCCGUUGUCCAAAAAAAAAAAUUGUUUAAGUUAUGUAAGCCUGGGGUCCCCGGGGGGGUGAACCAGCCCCUGAUUACUGUAGCAUUUGCAGAUCUGAACUGUCUGGACUUUUCUCUGCGAAGUGGUUUCUUCCUAUGCAGUCUUUGCCUGUGGUCCCCUGCAGACAAGUUAGUCUCAGUGUGGUAAUACUCUGUUAACCACCACAGCUGUCUUCGUGUUCUUUGGGAGAACAAACACGUCCCCUGAUCACAACACCGCCGCCACCUUUGGGACAGAAAUGAGGCGUCAUACCGAGCUGCCUUAACUACGAAUGCGUCAGAUAAAAUUGGACGAGCGUUCGGUAAUGUGGAUAUCAAUGUUACCAUAGUUACUUGAUACGUUCUCCUUCCAAAAGCACAUAACCCUCAUGCUAGCUGGCAAUGUCACGCUGACUGUAACAUAACUUAGCUCAGCUAUGGCUGCUCUAUGCUGUUCCAACCUGUAUCUGAACCAAUUGUAGAGAGACACUUCUGGUGGACUCGUGCAAGGGCAUGGUAGGCAAAACCUGGGCGGGUGACAGUCACUUCACAGGGACGAAGGGGAGUUCUUUGAGGAAGACGUAGGUGCCAGAAAUAGUAAACCCGCCAAAGUACCUUCACAGAACUGGUUUGUUUUCCAUCCAGAUGGUCACAGAUACACGUGCAACAUGGCAUGGCACUACGGCCACCACUGAUUUAAAAAAAUGUCUUGUGACAGGUAUGGUAAGAGAUGUCGAAAGCCAAAAAUAAUAAAUGAUGAUGAUUUCCAAAGUUUUACCGUGAAAUUUACAGAUUUGUCUCUGUGAUAAUGUGCAAUUGAUUUUUGUUUUUAAUUUACCGUGAUGCAAUUUGUAAAUCUUUUAUAGCCAUUAAUUUUAAAUAACUUUAAAGAAUCAGGGAUUUAAAAGAAUUUUGUGUAACAGUAGCCUCAGCCUAUGUGAAGUUUAAGGAGUUUUUAUUUCUUUGUAUCGGUGCUAUCAAAUAGGGACCUUCUGUUUUAAUGAGGGUACCCAAUGCUAGCUGAGAGACUUAUGUACGUUUGCUUCAACUUGAAAGGGUCAAAUAUGUGCUUUUCACCCUUUGUUUGCCAAUAAAACUGUAUCAGAUCA